AUGAACUGCCGAUUCUUUAGCCAUUUUCCAGUUGGAAUUUCCCAUCCGGUCGCAGUGUUUCUUACUGAGGCUUUGGUCAAUGUCCUGCCCCCAUGCCUGUUUAAGGUAUUCUUCAAGAACAUUCUUCUUGGUCUACCUGCACAACCAUCCGGAGAUUCAGAGCCUCAGAAAAUCAACCGGCGACUAGAAAAGAUGAAUUCUGACGAUCCCCUGUUUAGAGAAGUUGCGCUGCGAUUCAUCUACAUGGCUGCUCAUCCUUAUGCCAGCCGAGUCGUGCGAGCUGUCAUUUUGCGGUUACACAAGCCUGACCUUGCCACCGUACUCCGAAUGUUUUCAAUGGAAGUUUGCCCACCCGUUUCUUUAGUUACCACUACUGCAGCCAUGUUACCCUGUGACAGCGGAUGUGUUAACGAGGAGUCUGUAAUGGGCCUCAAGUUGGUGUUUAUCAAUGGGCAACACAGCGUUGUCAAUGCACUGGCGUGUGCUUCUCAGGCUAAAAAGGCGCUUAACUGCGAGUACUCUAAGGGGAAUCGGGAUCAAUUGAUUCGUUGUGUUGUGGCCCUAAAGGAGAAGGGCAAACUACGCAGUGAAAAUGAAACUUGCGAAGAUGCAAGCAAACAGGUGUGGCCAGAAGCUACACUUCCAGGGUGCCUACUAGCUGAGAAGCUGUUGGACUUUUCGAUAAGCCGACCAAUCCAUUUGGCAGCAUCACUGAGUUUUCUGCCGGUGGAGAGAAUACUCAAGUGGGCAAAAGACAGAUAUCUCAACAGGGAUCAUUUGCCGGGCUUGGGAUGUUAUAAAGAAGGAAGUCGGAUUGUUGAAGCUAUUUGGAAAUGGAUAUGCGACACAGGAUCUUUGAGACAUCUGCGAGUUGAAAUGGCGUCUACAAUGGCGAAGAACGAAUUGCGUCUGCGGAACAAUUUCUACGGUAGAUAUGUGCACAGCGCUAUGGCUCUUCAAAGUUUCGUGGAAGACCGCGUCAGAUGGGACCGAACUUUUCUAAUAUCUGGUAAGAGUGGCUCUUCUAGCAAUGAAUGGAGGUCUGCCUUACCUCCUUGGCCUUCUCUCUCCCUCAUCUCUCUCUCUCUCGUACACAUAUGGAACAACUUGGCUUGUUCUUGCUAUACAACACGCACUUGUGACCUCAUUCUAAUCUCUCGCUCUUUCCGUGUUGGCUGCUCCAGUGUUACAUCUCUUUGUAUAUAUCUCUCGCGCUCGCGCGUCCCUUGUCCAUUCGAAACCAUCUUAACUCGGCCGGCCGAGUCCGUGCUUGUAAUCUUCUAA